AUUUUACGUGAAUACGACAGUAAAUGUGGCAAGGAUGGUUUAAACCCUUUGGGGAAGACUCUUUCCAGAAACGACUGGCAAAGUAUUUGCUCAAGCAGACUAUUGGUAGAUUUCUUUCUGAUGAUGUCAACUGGGACAACUACGACUUCCAAUUGGUUAAUGGCCAAGUUACUCUUCGUAACCUGCAUUUGGAAACUACGACUAUCAAUAAAGCCAUUGGAGAUGUGUUGUCUGUACAGAUGGUAUCUGGUCAUAUUGGUACACUAAGAGUGGUCGUCCCUUGGAACGGAUUCUUUUCAGAAGCUUGUUCAAUGGAAAUUGAGGAUAUGUCGAUUGAUUUAGCACAGGUCGACUCUCAGUCUGAACCCAAGCAAAGCACUGAUUCGCAUAUAUAUGAACAAGAACAACAGCACUUGAACACACAAUCGCCUCCAAUACUAUCAUCAUCAUUUCAUUUUGCAGACAAUUUUAUUCGGACCGAGCUGGGCGAUGAUGACGACUCACCAACAAGAUUACCUGACCAAAACGAAUCUGAAGGAAAUGGUCUUUCUGAUCUUGCCAAAAUAAUUGAAAAUAUUCUCAGUAAAGUCACUCUUUCAUUGAACCGCAUCUCAAUCAAAGUUACAUCAAAGUUGAAUGCAUCUAUUGAGCUGAAAUGCGGCCAGAUUUCACUUUGUGAUCAUACAGUAGAUACUAUCCAAAGACUGAUACCCGAGUGGUUAUGGUUCAAUCAAGUAGAAAUGCCGGUGAAUACAAUCAAGUAUCUUCGAAUACUUGAUAUUUCAGUUGGAUUAAUUGCACAAAACUCGCACUCCACAAUUCCACUAUUGGCAAUUCCAAAUGGAUGGGUUCGCAUUUUAUUCAAACAGGACUCUACUGGAUAUACCGAUGUUUCUAGCAGUGUAAUCUCAGCUACCUCAGCUGCUUGGCUAUCAAGUUUUGAUAUUUCCUGUGACAUUGAACGUAUCAUCGUGGUAUUGCAUCCAACACACAUUGAAGAUAUAUUGAGCAUAUCAUCGUCUUUAUUAUCAAAAUCAGACUAUAUACACCAGUCAUCGGAUCACCAGUCUUGCUCGCCCAUACAAAAUUCCCCAGCAGAUUCAGCCUUAUCCUCUUUGGAUCCAUUUUUGCUCACCCUUCAUAUUGGACGUGUAUUUUCCUGUAUUUUUCAUCCAACUGAACGGCAUCCACGGCAAAAUGACUUUGAUGUAUUGUGUUUGAACGAUCAAGAUGUAUCGGCUCAGCUUAUUGGCAUCAAUCACUUGCGCGUUGAUUUGCAUACUAUCCAUAUUCAGCUUCAGCAUCACUAUUCGUCCUUGGGUCAAGCGUUUGGAAUUGAUCUUGUCAUACGCUUACUAUUGGUAAACCACGCGCUUCAAAAACUUGGAGAUAAGAUGACUACAAUUUUGGACAUUUUUCCUGCUGCAGAUGUUCCUUUGCAAAAAGGCAUGCACAAUUUUGUACUGGAAAAAACCGAGUUACCACGACUGGAAAUUGGAUCUUUACAGCCGUCACAAGAAUACGUUCGUGUCAGAAUUGAAAGUUUUGGUAACCGUACGCUUUCAAAGGCGCAUCCUUCAAUGGAGAAUCAACAAAAAUCAGCAGUAUGGAGUCAUCAUGUGACUGUUGUGCUUCCACCGCUAAUACUGUCGAUUGCUGCCGAUGUUUUGGAGGAUAUUCAAGUCUAUGCUUCUAGUUUUAAUUUCAAAAGCAAACCAUUUUCUUUUUCCACACAAGACUCUGAUCCAUCUGAUUCGACUCUAGAUGCUGAAAAGAUUGAAUUUUUAUUUUCCAUGGCGUGUCCAUUUGUACGCAUUGCAGUUGAAAUAUGCAAAAGAAAAAUGUCAAGAUACGAUUCAGUUUAUCCAGUUGUUGAUGCAUUUGAUAUCCAGUUUGGAAAUUUCCAGCAAGAGGCUUCUCCAGUUCUACAACAUAGCGACGGAAUCAAUGCUGGGCUUGUUGUUGUUGGGCUUGCAACAACAACAAACUACUCAAAAUAUCGACCCAUUGCUCUGCUUGAAAAUCUAUAUUUAGAUUUGUCGUCUAAAAAAGAUUCCCCGCUCAGAUAUUCAGCUCGAUUUGAUGAAAUUGUAUCUGAUCUCCAUAAACUAUACCGCGAAAAUACCCAGAGUUCAGAUGAAGUUUCUGUCAAGAGUUGGUCCGAUGUUGGCUCUGAUCAUAUUUCAUUCGAUAAUGCAAACUCGGUUAAACAUGGAAAUGAUUCACGUACAAAACAUCGCCACGACCAUCCAUUAGCGGCUUUAACUGUGCGGUCUUUGAAGUUGACUGCAUGCCUCGAGCUAGUGACAAGUCAACGGUUUGAUUUAAACUUUUCCAAUAUGGAUAUGGUUGUCUCGUUAAACUCGGCAAGCAGUAAAAAGAAUUCUGUAGCAGUUGAAUUUUCUGCAGGGCGGAUUGAGUUUGCGGUUCAAAAGUUUUCGCCGGGAACACUUUUGCAUGAGAAAACUACUGUUUUCAAUCAAACAUGUCAUGAUGAAUCCAGUCCAAUGAUGCGGGUUGUGUUUUCACAGUUUGACGAUUUUGAACUUGGAUUGCGGCAAACAUCUAUAACUACUAUAUUCAGCAAUUUUACUCUGCAUCUUCCGUUUGAUUAUUCGGAAUUAUCGCGAAUUGCGACUCGGAAUCUCGAUCAGUUGUCUGACCAACCACAAACACCUGGACCCGAACUAGAUGCGUUUGUCAAUGUACAUGUGCUAUUGAGCAAUUACAAUGUCAUUUUCAUGACAGAGCCGUUUUGUGGUGCAAUGCUUUUAAAUGGUGGAAAGCUUCGCAUCUCAACCAAUUUGAUUGCAGAGUCGCCUACCACUUCGUACGAUGUGUCAUUUUUCAACACUUUAUUGAGCUUGUCACAUAAUCCCAACUCUGGUGCGAUCUUGUCCCAGUCACUAAGUAAUGAGCAAAUUCAGCCCAUGGGAUCUUGGCUUGCUUAUCUACGAUUUGUAAAUUCAGUCGGAUUUGUUCGAAUAGGACAGGCUGAUAUUAUUCGUGCACUAAUUCGAAUAAACGAGCCACCCAUUUUGCCAAAUCUAGAGAUUAUAAUUACUCCAAAUCAAUUGACAAUUGAUACAUUUCCAGAUUCCUUUAAUGCGGUUAUACGGCUUGUUGAGUCAUUAUUUCCAAAGUACGGUUUAGAGGAAUCUUCAUCCGAGGUAAAAUCUAGCUCUUUUCCCGACCCAGUUCCGUCAGCCGAAUCUACUCAAACACUGGCCUACCAAACAAACGUGUCCGACGAAAAUGUGUUUUGUAUGAUUGGCUUUUAUUGA